UGGUAAGGGCCAAUCCUUUCUGACACGGCUGAUUGACACGGCUGAAAUUACACGGCCUAAUUCUCUAGGUUGGCCUUUGUCAUUGGGGUGUGCUUCCUACCCUUUGGCUCUUUGAGUGAAUUAUAUUGUCUUAUUUUGCUAAGGGCUCACGCUAGCGCCGAUAGCCGAGGCGCAGAAGUUUAGGCAGGCGUUUAAAGCGGCAGCACUAUGGAGCCACCGGCCACAGAACCCCGCGGCGGUCGGCGCUUUCCACUUUUACGAGGAGUGCGUAGAGGACUCAAAGCAGCAUGCCUUUGGACACUAGGGCUUCGUCGUGGGCGGCCAGCAUCUGGGUCGGGCAACAGGCGUGGGCGCUGCCGGAGAGCUGCACCACCUCUGGCAUCGCUGUCAGCUGCAAUGUUGGAGCCAAACGGCAUGAUUGAAAUGGGUGAUAGCGCGUCCUAUGCGCCAUCUAGCAGAGAGUCACAGGCCUUGUCAGCUCUACAGUUUGCGGACGGCCGCAGCUUUGGAAACGGCUUCCCGCUCGUUCUUCGACCUCCUACGCAAUUCGCAACCUCUCAGCCGGAGGGCGCAGAGUUAGGCGGCCAAGAUAGUGGACCAUGGACGCACUAUCAUGGACAACACUAUAGCAAAAGCUGUUGCUGUGGCGCUGAGCACUGCAACACCUGCUCAGCAACGCGCAGCGGUCGGAACUCGCAGCACCCAGAUCACUCCGUCCAGCACCUGCUUGCAGUAGGCUCGCGACAAUGGGGCAACUCUGGCAGCUGGUGGGAUGGCCGCAGCCUUUUGCGAGUCAAGAUUUACGACUUUGCCAUCUACGCAAACCCAGUCGGGUCUGCGGCGGCAACCGCGGUGGCCGCCCUGGCGGCAUCCCGAGCAUCCAUCGACAACAACAGCACCGGUUCCGGUUGGAGCCCCGCGGAUGCGCUGGUUCCCUCCAGCUGCCCGGUGGACGUCUCCCUCACCAUCCGCGCCUGCCGCAACCUGCCGCUGCCGCUGCUGCGGCAGGAGUUCGAGCGCAUCUUGCUGCGCAGACACCAGAUGGCGGGCGGCCGAGCGGACGAUCCCGCCCUGCAGGAGCUCCUGUCGUACUUCUCACGCGACAAGCUGCCGUACCAUGUGCUCACCUCCUCCCCCUCCUCCUCGUCAGCAGCAACCCCUGCCUCCGUCUCAUCGCUGGCAUCAAGCCACCCGGCUGAUUAUGUGGCCGGGGCAGCAGGGGGAGGGGCGGGGGCGGUGUUGGGUGCGGGCGAGUGCGAGGCGGGUGGGUUGCCCGGGGGCGGCGGGGACGCGGUGCGGAAGGGCGCAGCAAUCACCUUCAGCAGGAGCUCCGGGGGCCACCUGGUCACCUGCGCGGGGGGCCAGGUGCUGGGUGCGGUCCGCUCCCCGCCGCUGGCCGAGGCGCUGCUGGGACUGUACCUGGGCAGGGAGCCCGUCAGCAAGAGGGCCAAGGCGGCCGCCGGGGCAGCGCUUCUGGAUCUGGCUGCGACGGAGGGCACAGCAGCAGCAACGGAGGCAGCAGCGGGGACUUUUGGAACCGCGGGGCUGUCCGCCGUGCUGGUGAGGGAGGAGGAGGGCGGGGGGGCGGCGGGAGCAACCCGCCACGCCACUGUCCCCCCGCUGUCCGCCGCCUGCCUGCCCCGCCUGCCGCGCUACCGCUACCGGGCGCAGCAGGGCGAGCGGGUGCUGUGUGCCCCGGGGGCGGUCCCGGGGGACAUCAGUGCUUGCGUGGUGGAGCUGACGUGAGGGGCGGGGAGGGGGGAAAAUGCAGGGGGAAGGGCAAUUCCUCCCCGUUAUAGCGGUGGCAGGGAGGGGGGUGCAUGCGCAGGGGUGCUGGGGCGGAGAAGCAUGCAUGUGUGCGUGCAUGCGUGCAUGCAUGUGCGCAGCGGAUGAAAUGGGUGAUACGAGGAUGCGAGGUUCCUGCAGGGACGAAUUGGGUCGGCUGUCGAUAUCGGUGAGAAGAGGUCAGAUGCAGGCGGGAUGGGAGGGGUUGCUUGCGAGGGAAGUGCUGUUGGUCUUGAAUGAGGCAGCCAUCUGUUGGGAAGUUUACAUGUCGGGUGAUGAUGUUGCUUCUGUUUUCGUUUUCAGUGCGGCCUUAUAUUUCCUUUGUUACAGCCGCCUUGUACGAGUAUUCAGGCAUGUCUACGUAUGUCUAGGUAUUGUACGAGAGUUUGGGGUUGCAGCUAGCCCUUGCUGUUUUGCUGCUGAGAGAGGGCAGCUGUUCCUGCCUUUUCUCUAACAAGGUAUCGUAUGUAUCGGCAACACACAUUAUUUGGGCUUUCAAUGCUUUCCAGAUGGGUGUACAGUAUACGAUGGACGGCUUAAGGUAAAGACGCAGUUGGUUGCGGCAAAGGUAAAGGAGCGAGGAGUCAGGAUUAGGUUAUCGUUGUGCGGUGUGUUGUACACUUUCGGGUCAGAUCCUUCCUGCUCCCUGCUUCCUGUUCGUAUCCGAUUCGAUCACCACGUUGAUCGCCAAGUUGCAAUGAGAUGUGAGGAGGGAAGAGAGCUUGUUUGUUGGCUUUGGCCUAAGGGCCUAAAGCGAAGAUAGGUACCACACCGCUGCUGAGCUACCAGACAGCUGCUGAGCUGUUGUUGCAGUGCAGCGCAGGAGCCUGCAUGUAUACUGGUAUGUUAAGGAGGGUCGUAUGUAUCGUGCUACCAUGUGGGAUGUGGGAGGCAUAUCACAAGACCGUAGGGCGUGAUGGAGACGUUUGUCAGAUGCAGGCACGGCAGAUCAAAUGGGGAGGGAGGCGGUUCCGGUACUGGUCCCCUUACCAUGGGAUUGGGACUUUAGUUGUUUGCAUUUCUUAUACAAUUGUGAAUUGUCCCCUUACCCUGCUGUGACGUGUGCCGGUAUAUGCAUGUCUUGGCGGCAUGGCACGUAGGAGGGCUCUGGGACGUGCUCAUACGUCCCGGGGGGGGGGGGCCCUGAAGGGGGCUAACAAGGGGAGUGUGCGAGUAAGCGUGUGCGCGUAUGUGUGUUUAGGAAACUGGCCGCGAGUUGGAAGCGUAGUGUCGGAUGUGGUUCCGCUUGUGAGCUGGGGGGUGUUGUGGUUGGGGGGUUGCCGUACAAACACUGGAGUGAAGUUUGCCGCAGUAAAACGUGCCGUAGUGAUGUGUGCUGCAAUGCCGGGAUGAGUUUUGCCGUGAAGGGCCGCGCCGUGCUGCUGUUGACAUCAUCAUAAAGACAUCCUAGCCGCAGCGGCAGUAGUGGUUUAGUGGUGUGUUGGUUUGCACACGGUGCGCAUAAUGCGUGGCAGUUGUCAUGUGGUGCCGUGCCCAGGGACGGCAAAAAGGUAUGUGUAUGUACAUAUGUUGUUGACCAGUCGCCUUUUGGUUCCCGGUGAUAGGUCCGUGGUUCCCCCGGGUAUUCCAGGUCGUGUAUUUCGGGUUGUCAAGCGUGCAAGAGCUGGAUGGCACUUCAAUAAGGCUUUGGUAUUACUUUAGCUGGUAGCAUUUGACUUUAAUAAUGUUUGUUACAUAUGACAUAUGUUUUGCUACGUUGCAUGUAGGGCGCUUGUUUUCCGAUUGCAGCAUGUGGGUUAAUGCCGCAUGUCCGCCAGCAGGACUUGCCAACAUGCCUGGGAGCGGCGCCGGCCAGGU